GAGCCUGGCACUAGCUACUGCUAAAGCAAAGACUUGUUGAGUAGGAUUCUUUAUUUGAUUUCAUCUGAGUGAUAAUUUCACCAUUUUACGAUUUAAGUAUCCCCGAUUUGGCAAUUUUAUUUUUUCAAGCGUCUCUCCUAUUUCAAAAUUGAAGCAUAUAUCACGUCAGACUCUGAAAAUAACCCAAACCAACAUGGCCGUGCAAGAAACCUCGAGCGUAAAGUGCUUUGGUGGUUUUCAAAAGGUUUUCAAGCAUCACAGGUUUGUGCUACAGCCUUUUAUAACACGUACCAAUGUUUUCAGUUUUGCUCCCAUUUAUAGGCAGAGGAUUCCUCCACAAUUUUGAAGAAUCCUAAAGUCAGUCACCGCGUCUUCCCCCCUCCCCGCCCAGUACGCCCCUGCCGCCCCGAAACCCUCCUCUCCCCACCCUCCCCCUUGCUGUUCCUUUAGUGCUCUCUCAUACAAUUGAUAAAUGUUUGAAAUAUGAGUAGUGUAGGAUGAUUUGAAAAUAUAUGCCGCUUAUCAUCAUCUUCCAGUCCUAGUAGAAUGCUGUAUGUCUGUGACAUGGACCUAGUAAAAUGCCUGCAGCUCCGACGUGUCUCCUGUACCUUAAUAGAGCGACUGGACUAGUACCCAAAGGUCUUAGGUUCAACGGAUCUGGUGUACUCAAGGUACCCCUGGGCCAAGAAUCAGUCAACACUAUGGUGGCCGACGCUUGGUUGAUGUGAUGGCCGCCAUAGCGGCCAAUAUUGAUCAGCAUAUUGAUCAGUCUAGUGUUGGUCAACAUGCCAGCCAAAUCUCAGACAAUAUGUCGGUUGACAUUAGUUGGACGACAUCAGGCGCGGAUCUAGGAUUAAAUACUGACCGCUUUCCUAAACAAACACCAGAAGGCUUCAGCUUUUAGGAGGGUGUGGGGGGCAUGCUUCCCCUUGAAAUUUUUUGGAUUUUAACUCCCUAAAGUCCCCUUUCCUAGGUUUGUGAGUCAUUCAGAGAGGAAAUUGUUCCAAAUAACUUAGGGUUAGUGGGAAAUUUGAACACAUAUAUGAGAGCUUAAAAAACAAAUUCAGUUUAAGUCUCUUUGUCUACAAUUUGAUGAUUGUAUACUCUAAAAAGAAUAGAGAAAACUAUCCGAAAGAAUGCUUUUUAUAAGAAGAAGAAGAAUCUUAGGGUAAAAGUUAACCGUGGGUUAGCCCUAACCGGGGUUCAAACAACUGGGCCCCGUUCUGUUCUCCUCAGAUGAUAUUGAUACCAUUUGAACUUAUCAUACAUGUACAUUAGCACCACCAUGAAUCUUCAGAUUGUUUUGAAUACCGCAAAAAAUGCCUGCUUAAAUCAAGCCACCACAAAAAUACUUUCCAAUCUUUUCUACCCCAAAAAAACCCAGAGUUGAAAAUAUCAAACCCAAAAAUAAUACUUUGAUCACCCCCAUCACUUAAAAUCCGGAGUAUCCCCCUGGACACCAGACAAAAGUGAUAUCGAGCGGGUGUCUGCUAGCAUACCAACCAAGUAUUGGAUUUUUUGGCCAAGUAUAAUUAGCCUGCAUAUUAGCUGCAGGCAUAUCAGCUAAUCCAGUUUGAUUCAUGUUGAGAGAAAUCUGUUUUCCUUAUUCAUUUAUGGCAAAGUAAGUUUCUUUGUGAAGGAAGUUGGAUUUUAGGUGAAAAAAAAGGUACUAGAUUAAAAAAUGUUUGGGUAAAAAAUUUUCCUAACAAUUUUUAUUGGUUUUCUGUGUUUUUAACUUUUUACAGUGCAGAAUUGAAAUGUGACAUGAAUUUUGCAGUCUAUCUUCCACCUCAAGCAGCAUCAGAGAAAGUUCCAGUUCUUUAUUGGCUCUCAGGUAACUGCAAGUGUUUGCAGCUAAUUUAUUGCUAUUGGGCUUGUGCAGAACAGAGCCCUGAAGCCUUAACAAGCUAUUAGGUUUUGCUUUUGGACCACUUGGAAAAAACGUUUAAAAGUGAUAGUUUAAUACCGGGUAGUAUUAACAGAGAUUAAUAUUGCUUAUAAUUAAUUUACCAAGGAUGUCAAAGUCGACAGUCUCUGCAAUCCCUUUCAGUCUUCAAAUAGCACAGCCCUGCUUAGCCAGACAUAUCUCCAUUUAUUUGUCAAAUUCAGUCAGUUUUGAAUGAUAUGCAGACAGCAGCCAUCAAUCUUUACUGAAGAAAAGAAUGAGUUUCAAUCUCUUAUGACAGAGUCAAAUUAUAUUUCAUGAACAACGGUUUCUGUGGUGUUUAAAGCAUUGAAGAAGUCAUGAAAAACACUGGACCUGCUUGUCUGUGUUCCUGCCAGAAGGGGAUUAAUAGCUUCAUUGAUUAGAAAAUAUAUGAACUUAACAGAACACACAGUUACGUACCUGAUGUCACCAGACAAACACUGAAUUCUAUAUAUUUAAUCUUGAACCUGAAAUGAAAUCCUUGCUUGAAGUUGGAAUCUACUCAACUUUUGAAAGUUUAAUUUUGUUGUUCAGGCUUAACAUGUACAGAACAGAACUUCAUCACUAAGGCUGGUGCACAGCGAACUGCAGCCGAUCAAGGCAUCAUGAUUGUGGCACCUGAUACAAGCCCUCGUAAGUCAAUUCCAGUAAAUAUAUAGUAAUAUUCCAGUAAUAUAAAGGAAUAAUUGUAAUAUUUCAUUAAUAGAAAAAAUUUAAACAGAGAGGACUUAACAUUUUUUGCAGCACUUGCAAUUCUUGUUUGAGUUGUCUGCAAAGUGAUUGUGUGGUUAACAAGUUGAAAAAUUCCAACAUAAAGAUCAGUUAGAAUCAACUACCAACCACUAUAGGGAGAAUGUCACAGGGAAUGUUAGGUAUACCUUAGCCAUGCAGUACCAUUACAAAACUGUAAAUGACCUAAUAAAUGCCCGGGGGGGGGGAUCUACUUAAUUUUAGUGGUCCUAGCAGGGGCAUUUGAUUGAUAGGAGGGAUUUAUUUAGAGAGAGAUUCCCAUAGCUGUAACAAGUUUUAAAAAAUUGAUAUGAUUUCGGCAAAAAUAUGGAGGUAGUUUGAAAAUAGCGGAAUAUCAUGACUCCAUCAAUUGAUAUGUCUAGGCCGUCUAGAGAUCCACAUCGCUCUUUCAAAUCCCAACAUUGCUGUCAGUAUCCUUAGUCAGGGUUAUUGUGCUGCCAUUGUUAGUCUAUCCUUACUUUGAACUUGACAUGAAAUACAGAGCCUUGUGAAUCCAGUAAGAAACUGAGACAAUUGAACGAUUUUUGUCCGUUUUGCUAAUUCCAAGUAUUUUGUAGAGGGGGUGUCCAUCUGAGAGGGUAGAUUUGUUAGAGAGGGGUGUCUAAUACAAUUUUAACAGCAUAGAGGGGGUGUUUUAUUAGACUCGAAGAGGCAUUUAUUUGGUCAUUUACUGUAAUUUUACCCUGAUACUAACCAAUCAUCAUCAUCAUCAUCAUCAUUCAUCAUCAUCGUCAUCAUCAUCACCAUCAUCAUCAUCAUCAUCAUCAUCAUCGUCAUCAUUAUUAUCAUCAUUGUCAUCAUGACCACCAUCACUGAUAACACUGCCACCACCAUUAUCAUCCCCACCACCAUUAUCAUCCCCACCAUCAUUAUCAUCCCCACCAUCAUUAUUAUUGUUAACAUUAUAUUUUCGUUGUUAUUAUUUCAUACUAUUUGCAGGAUCCUGUGGUAUUGAUGGAGAAGAUGACAGCUAUGACUUUGGAACUGGUGCAGGUUUCUACAUUGAUGCAACUGAAGAGAAGUGGAAAACCAAUUAUAGAAUGUUUUCCUACGUCACAAAAGAGGUUAUACAUCUAGCUAGGAAAAAUUAACAUUACCAUGCAAGCUUAUAUGUAAACAAAGGAUUUGUUUUGUUAACUACCUUUUGAGACAAAUGAUUUCAUGCAGGGGCUUCGAACAACCCACCCUAACCACACCUAGAUUUACAGUGUACUUCAGGGGUGUACUAUUAAUUUUGAUCUAUUAAAAAUUUAUAAGUGUCUUGCAAGUAUCACAUGUGAGAUGCAGAGAUUUGCAUUAUAGGCUGGUGAUAGUAAAGCUAUUUCUCCUUUUUUCAAGGAAGAGGUUAUUGGCUACUGUGUUCUCUACCUGGUGGAAGUGCUUAACUGUUCUAAUUACCAAGAACAGGAGAAAGAAGUCAUGUCAUGAAAGAACUUAAAUUGCUCUUUUACUUUACACUCUCCAAAUUCGUCGGUCAGUAGUAAAAUCUGUAAUGAGGGUAGAAUUUAUUAUUUUGAUUUUUGUGUUUUUUCUCUUCAGCUUCCUGCCUUGAUUCAAAGUAACUUCCCAGUUCUUGCAGACAAGCAGUCAGUGUUUGGUCAUAGGUAACAACUUAAACCAAGAACUUAAACCCUAUUUACCAUAAUGUGGAACAGUUCUACCAUAUCUUAGUUUUUGUAACAGCUCCAUAUUUUUAGAUGGGCUUUGUUCUUUGUAUGUGACUCAGUGAACGUAUGUGGUACAAUGUUUUGCAGGAAGUUUUGUAGUCACUUUAGCCCACUUAUAAUUGGGAGAUUAUCUCAAAGCUGACUUUUUUGUUCUUUUUAGAUGUUCAGUUACAUAUUGCAAUAUUUAUUAUUUUAUUUCUUUGUAAUUUGUUCUUAGCAUGGGUGGUCAUGGAGCUUUAACCUGUUUUUUCAAGAAUCCAGGAUUUUAUAAGGUGGGCAGAUUGCAGGAUAAUAAGUUAAUUAUAUAUAUUUAAUGUAACUUUUCAUAUACCUUUAGCUGCCUCUCAAAGAUCAUUGACGUCAGUGCAAUGAGGCAAAACUGUCAAGACACAUACAUUAUUUUAGUGCUCAGAGUCUGAAAAAAAAGACAAACGAGCAAACAAAAAAACCAAAUAAACAAAAUACCAAAAAAUGGCUUUGAGUUCAAGCCUUAAAAGAUUUGUUUUGCGGCUUGUAUUUUAAAAUCUUUCAAAAGUCUACAGUUUGAUUUUUUGCUAAAUGAUUACCAUACUUAAAGGUAGCCUGUGCUAUAAGCAUUUAUAGGUCUAGGCAUCUGCAGUUUAAUUGGAACACACUACAUGUCUUGGGCGCAAAACAUCCUUUAAGAUAUUCGGUAACCUUAGUGCAUAUUAAUUUAAUGUGGCAACUGUAUUUCUUUACUCUGUUCAGUCAGUGUCAGCCUUUGCACCAAUUUGCAACCCGGUGAAAUGUCCAUGGGGAGAGAAGGCAUUUAGUGGAUACCUUGGAAGCAAUAAAGAAUCAUGGAAGGUAUAAUAGAUAUUUGUUUAUUUAAACAAAUAGAUUCCAUGUUGCCGUGGGUCUGCUCAGUAAUAGAUCAAAGAUGUCGUCAAAAUGUGGUAAUAACAAAGAAGUGGCACGCGAGCCGCAGUUUUAUUAAUGUACAGGGCAGAAAAAGCGACAUUUAGAUAUUAUUUGCUUAGUAUCGCUUGACUGUUCGAGGAUUUUUACCAGUUUAAGCAUUUUGUGAGUCAUAAACGGUACUUUUCGUCUCUGCGCCUUCUUUUAUUCUUUAUCUUACUUGUAUACAGUUUCUCUGAAAAGAUUUUCAACGCUUUCGCUUGUUCAAAGCACAAUAAUCGCGAACACACUUCCACAACAAAACUGCGAGUCUCUCGCAGCGAUGACACACGAUCGCAACUGUUAGGAAGAUUUCUUCCAGUUUAGGCAUGGAUAAUAGAAAGAGGUUGAAUGGCUCUCGAUAAUGUGACGUCACCUUUUUCCACUGUGUUGGAACCGAUCGCGUCAGCCAGUUUCCUAUCCAGUCUUUCUAUUAUCCAUGCCUAAACUGGAAGAAAUCUUCCUAACAGUUGCGAUCGUGUGUCAUCAUGGAUAAUAGAAAGACUGGAUAGGAAACUGGCUGACGUGAUCGGUUUAGGCAUUUUCAAGUCGUCAAGAAUUGUUUUUGUCUCGGUUUUUCCAUUUUUUUCGAGGCCUUCACUUCCGUAAUCCGAAACUAAGACCUAUUCGUCUCGCAAACAUUUCCAAGACCGCGCGCCAUUUUGAACAAAAUAACGAAAACAACUGAGGAAAUGAAAUUAUUACAGGUCUCUUCUUUGAGACCUUCAUGUGUCUCAGGUGAGCAGACAGAAAGUAGUGAUUCAUUGAAUGCCACAGUCCUCCACAACAAAACAAAUUGACCUCCCACCUUCUCCCUAGCUCCUCUCCCCUUCAUACCCAUUGAUGCUAGAAGCUAAUAAAAUCAAAUAAAGAAAAUAAAAUUUGUGGUCAGGAUUAAAUUUUGCCUUUCUUUGUAACUUUUAGGAGUACGAUGCUACUGAACUGGUGAAAAACUACGAUGGACCAAUUCCAGAUAUACUCAUUGAUCAGGUGAAUUGACAUAAUUAGGAGAAUACGAUGACUGUUAGCACCCCAAAAUAUCAAUAUCAAAAUAUUUCUGUCUCUGAUUGGCUUCAAAGUCUUGGCUGUUUCUUCAUAACAUUUUUCUCGUAUCUUGAAACUACCGAGGAACAGCUGGCAAAAGUCUUGAAGACGACCGCUUGGCAAAUGUUUUGAAGGUAAUACAAAGGCGAUAUCUGCCAAGGCUGGAUGCAUAAUUCUUCAUAUCAUACCUUUUUUCAUCUAAUAACCGUUGUCCAUGUCAAUCCCUUUCAUCCUUAAUACUUUAUAAUUUGCUAUAAAACACUUACCAUACAUUCUUUAACCUAUUUUACAGGGCACCAAAGACCAAUUUUACCCAUCCCAGCUACUCCCGGAGAACUUUGUGGAGGCCUGCAGAUCCAAAAAUGUUCCUGUAACCUUAAGAAUGCAGGAGGUAUAUCCCGUUUAAUGAAUUUGAAUGAAUUAAUAAUGCAUCUUUGUAAAUUAGCAGUAGAACGAGAACACGAAUGAAUAAUUGCGGUUCUAGUGACCCGUUUCAAGCUCGGCCGACCCUAACCUCGUUCUCAGGGUUCUCUCUCUUGCUUCGCUGGGAACGAGGUUGGGCCUGAGCCCUGCAGUGAACCGCCUGUCGUAACUGUCUGUAUCGGACUGAGAUGGGACUAAAAGCCCGCACUGAAAGUCAUCUUGAACCGUUGAAAAAAAAAUUAAACACUUCAAAGAUUAUCGCAGUACGCAAUUAAGGUGUACACAACACACUGCAAUUAAUACAGCGAGCUUGAUCAACGAAAACGCUGAUGUCUCGCCAACGAGCAGGGGCACCCAACGCCAAUUUUUGGAAAAUAUCUGUUCAGAAGACGAUUUGAGAUCUAGAAUUUUCGGUACAUUUGUUGUAAAAUCUCUUGCUUGCCUGCCUCUCUUAGGAUUUUCGAACAUCUAAAAAAUGGCAUAAUUGCCCAUUUUUAACGUAUUUUUAGCCUAAAAAGGUUACCUAGAAUUUUCGGGAGCCUUUUUCCUGGCUGAAAUUUUCGAAAAGGUAAGUUUUGAUCCCUGUAAUUUUCGGAUCACUAGACUUUCAGCUAGGAAAUCCGAACAGUUGAAAAAUUUUUAGGGGAUAAAAAUAUUCCUAUAUCAACCGUUUAAAUGCUAAAAUACGUUUAACAGUGCUGUGUUUAAGUGGUUUUGAACUAUAUUCUCGUUGGGUGCCCCUGAACGAAUCUGAGUGCUGUACUACUUUGUCGAGUCUACCACAAAAAGAAGAUAUCAAUUUCCGGUUGCCAUUUUUGACGUCCGGUACGUUCCCGUCCUCGUUGCAUAAGAUCCCUUUUUAGUUUAAGAGAAACCCUGACGGGAGAAGUUAAGGCUUAGUGAACGGGAUUCUAAGCCCAUGACCCUGCGAUACCAGUGACACUUUGAAUGACUGAAAGAAAGCCGUUUAUUUUUGAAUAUUUAACGUCUUUUUUAAAGUUAUAGUUCCUUGAAGGUAAUGCAUUAAUUUUUUUUCAUAGGGCUACGACCACGGUUAUUAUUUCAUCGCGUCAUUCGUAGAAGAUCACAUCAAGCACCACGCGCGCUAUCUUAAAGCUUGA